CCCGCUUCUAACCCGAAAACAGCUGGUCUCACUUCCUCUUCAGAGACUGGAGCACAAAGUGAAGUAUUUAUAUCAACCAAAACCAGGUUGGGAAUGGAUUGUAAAAUUGAAUCAGAGACUUCCACCUCCUUAGCCUGGAAGAGAUUAGAGAAAAAGGGCACCACUUCAUUCAUGAUUUGCGCCUCAUCUAUUAUUUUGACUCUCCAUUUAUCGCUGAUGGAGAUAAUUUGAUUCCGUUGUCUUCUUUGAGAUAUUGUUGAGUGGAAAAACUUGGUGUUUUUGCCCCCACAAUUCAACCAGUUAAUGCGAGAUUUUUGAUGCCAAUACAUCUCUUCCAAUUUCCAGAGGGACUUCAAUUGCUUUUUAAUAUCUUCAAUGAUAUUUUUUCUUCUAUAAAUUUCUGACGGAUCAAAGUUCAAGUAAGCAAUUUAGCCUCAAUUAUUUGUUUUUUUUUUUUAAUUUUUAAUUUUUAAUUUUAAUAGAAAAUGAUUUUUUUCCUUUAAAAUAUUUUUUGUUUGCCACCUCACAAAAAUUUCAAAUUUAUCAUUCGUUUGAGUUGGGCUCCCACUUGGCAGCUACGUGCAGCGGACUGAAGCCCUGAGAUAACCCUAAACCCUAAUUAUCUCCGUCUCGAACUUCCCCUCCGUGACAACCAUCACCAUGGCUGAACUCAAGCUCUCUGAAAGCCGAGACCUGACCCGAAUUGAGCGCAUAGGCGCCCACUCCCACAUCCGUGGACUUGGUCUUGACUCCGCCCUUGAACCCCGCGCUGUCUCCGAGGGCAUGGUUGGCCAGACUGCAGCCAGAAAGGCCGCCGGCGUCAUCCUACAGAUGAUAAAGGAUGGGAAAAUAGCCGGUCGAGCCGUUCUUCUGGCGGGCCAGCCGGGUACCGGAAAAACAGCAAUUGCAAUGGGCAUGGCGAAAUCGCUUGGCCUCGAAACCCCAUUCGCUAUGAUCUCUGGCAGCGAAAUCUUCUCGUUGGAGAUGUCUAAAACCGAAGCACUAAUGCAAGCCUUUCGAAAAGCAAUUGGCGUGAGAAUUAAAGAAGAAACCGAGAUAAUCGAAGGCGAAGUCGUUGAAGUGCAAAUCGAUAGGCCGGCGGUAGCUGGUGCAGCGUCGAAGACAGGGAAAUUGACACUAAAAACGACCGAAAUGGAGACGGUUUAUGAUUUGGGGGCGAAGAUGAUAGAAGCAUUGGGGAAGGAAAAAGUUCAAAGUGGGGAUGUAAUUGCAAUCGAUAAGGCGUCUGGAAAAAUUACAAAGCUUGGGAGGUCAUUUUCACGGUCGAGGGACUACGAUGCCAUGGGGCCGCAGGUGAAGUUUGUUCAGUGCCCCGAUGGUGAGCUGCAGAAGAGGAAAGAGGUGGUGCAUUGUGUGACGCUUCACGAGAUUGAUGUCAUUAAUAGCAGAACACAAGGAUUUCUGGCUCUCUUCACUGGUGAUACUGGUGAAAUCCGUGCAGAAGUGAGGGAACAAAUUGACACAAAGGUUGCAGAAUGGAGGGAGGAAGGCAAGGCAGAUAUUGUGCCAGGUGUUCUCUUCAUUGAUGAGGUGCACAUGCUUGACAUUGAAUGCUUCUCUUUCCUGAAUCGUGCUCUUGAGAAUGAGAUGGCUCCAAUAUUAGUUGUUGCAACCAACAGAGGAAUCACCACAAUUCGAGGCACAAAUUACAAAUCUCCACAUGGGAUUCCCAUAGAUCUCCUUGAUCGGCUACUAAUUAUCACGACUCAGCCUUAUACAAAGGAUGAAAUUCGAAAGAUUGUGGACAUUAGAUGCCAAGAAGAAGAGGUGGAAACAUCUGAAGAGGCAAAGGCUUUAUUGACGCAUAUUGGGGUGGAAACAUCCUUGAGAUAUGCCAUUAAUCUCAUUACUGCUGCAUCAUUGGCAUGCCAGAGGCGCAAGGGAAAACUUGUAGAGAGUGAGGAUAUCACCCGAGUUUACAAUCUGUUUUUGGAUGUGAAGAGAUCAACACAAUACUUGAUGGAGUAUCAGAAUCAGUACAUGUUUAAUGAAGCACCGGUAGCGGAUGGUGAUGAAGAUGAUGCCAAUGCUAUGCUUUCUUGAAAGUAAAUCUGCUGCAGCAAUCAUACAUUUGUGUAACAAUGACAAGCUUUCAAUUGUGCCAAUGUAGGAUCAUGUUAUCAGGCGCUGAACUGAAAUGAAUGGAGAUCCAGAAUUCAUCAUGUAUGAUAUGCGGUGAACCAAAUAGUGAUGGUAUGCCUCUGUUUUGAGAUAUCAAGCGUGCUCUAAAUGUGCUAAAUUUAAAUGCUCGACGUGUGGGGAAUGGACUUAGACUGAAACCAUGCAAGGAUUGUAUCACUUAGAAAUGUCAGGUCAGUUAGAUUUGUUAUGAACUUAAUGUUGGAAUUUAGGUAAUUCAACCAUUUUCAUAUCUUUUUUUAGUA